UCCAGCUGGGUGCCUCGCCCUUGACACCUCCACAGGUCACUGGUUAACCUUCUAGGUUCCUUCUCCUGGGCCUGGACAUCAUGCUCUUCCCCAGCCAAAUGAUCAAGGGUGGUCCUGACAGCAGGGAAAAGCUGAUGACAUGAUACUGCAUCUAUUUUUGUCCAUCUUUUUUUCCUCUUGAGACAGGGACUCGUGGGUUUUAACCCCUGAACCUUCUGUCUCAGACUCUCAAGUGCUGUGAUUACAGGUGUGCACAAUGCCCUGUUUAUCCCAUGCUAAGGAUCAAACCCAGGGCUUCCUGCAUGCUAGGCAAGCUCUCUCCCAACUGAGCUACACCACAGCCCUGCAUUUCUAUUAUUUUUUAAAAGGUCCAACUCACAGAAAAUUUCAACUGCUCUGCAAAGGACUUUCUCCCCAGAAGGCAUUUUUGAAUGAGUGGUCCACCUGGGCUACCUUGCUGUCUAAAGCUGAAAGCAUGCUCAUACAUUGUUGGAGCUGAGACAGGAACAGGAACACAACUCUGCCAUGGGUGCCCAUCAGUUAUCAACCGUGCCCUUCAGUUUCCAAGGGUCAGGGUCCCGUCCAGAAUUAUUUGUGGCAUUGAAUUGUGUGUCCAUCUCCUCCAGCCUGACGCUGAUGCUAGUGUGAUGGCUCUUGAUCUACACAAUCCCCAAAUGCUGCUGGGUUCACACUACAGACAGCUCCUUCAGGCAAGCCGUACCCCCACGGAUGGGUCCCCAGCAUUCUUUAAGUGUUUGCUUUCUGGCAGUGUGACACAUUUGGGCUCAUUUCCUGCCUCUUGGGUAGAGUGUUGUAUUCUGUGCUCGGAUGCCAAGAGGAUUCAAGGCUUUGGAGGAUUUGCAGCUCCAAGGCCCUGCCAAGGACAGCUGGGAGGCAGAUGUAUCUGCAUGCUUAUGUCAACUACACAAUGGAUUUCUCUGAAUGUGCUCAUGUUCCCAGGGGCUCACUGGUAACUCUGCCUUUAACCAUGCUCUGCAGGGUUCAUUCCAACUUCCUCUUUCUACAUGGUCAUACAUCCCUUCUCUGAAAUGUGUGAACCUAGUUCCCACAUCUUUAGUAGGGUCUGCAUAUGCCAUCUGUGUCCCUGUGGUCUCUGCUUGCACAGUUCUUCCUCCCGUGCUUGGACCCCUGCACUAUAGCAGGGCCUCCACCUUUCUGGCAUGCCUCACUCCACCCUGCAGAGCUCCCACGCCCCUUGCUGCACACCCAGGGGACAUCACUGCAGAUCCCUCUCUGCCACCACUGCUCUAAGGCCUUCUGAUUCCCUUCUCUGCUCUGGUCUCCUCUUUCACUCUGUCCCUCUUGUGACUUCAGGACAGAUUUUUGAGGGAAAAAAUGUGAGAAAAGGAAGGUCUAUCUUGUGUUUUUGUAAUGAAAAAGAAGCACAAAAAUCACAAAAUAAUCACAAGCAUUUUGGGUCAUUAAGGCUGCUACACUGUCCCUUAGUCUCAAUUUCCUUAACAAAAUGGGAAGGGACAAUUCUGUGGGUGCAGAGACUCAUUGAGCCAAUGCCAGGACUGACCUGGCUCCUGCCUGAAAUAAUCACUGGAUGGAUUGAGCAAUGACAGCUAUUGGCUGUCUAUUGGAAUCCCUUGAAAUGCAGUAUUCUGGGAGGCUAGCCAAACUGCUGGGUCCACAGCCGUGUAGCUAUGGCUCCAAAGCCUUUCUCCUUUGGCAGGCUUGCUUCACUUUUUUCCCCGUUUUGCAUGUCCUCAGCCAAGUUUUCAGAGGGUUUCCAAGGCAGAGGUCCUUGUGUCCACAGCCUUAAGACGUGCCGCGCAGGCUGCAGUGACCACUGCUUUCGGACCCAGGCAUUGCAACCAGAAGCAGCAGUAUGGGAUUUUGGGGCACCUACCUGCUCUUCUGCCUCUUCUCCAUCUUGUCCCAGGGCACUACAGAGACACCCACCCCCAAGACCAAGAAAGCUACAAAUGUCAAGAAAGACGUGGUGAGCCCAAAGAUGUUUGAGGAGCUCAAGAGCAGGCUGGACAGCCUGGCCCAGGAAGUGGCCCUGCUGAAGGAGCAGCAGGCCUUGCAGACCGUGUGCCUGAAGGGCACCAAGGUAAACUUGAAGUGCUUCCUGGCCUUCACCCAGCAGAAGACCUUCCACGAGGCGAGCGAGGACUGCAUCUCGCGCGGGGGCACGCUGGGCACGCCGCAGUCGGGGCUAGAGAACGAGGCACUGUUCGAGUACGCGCGCCAGAGCGUGGGUAGCGAGGUAGAGAUCUGGAUGGGCCUUAACGACAUGGCGUCGGAAGGCGCCUGGGUGGACAUGACCGGCGGCCGCCUGGCCUACAAGAACUGGGAGACGGAGAUCACGGCGCAGCCUGACGGCGGCAAAGCCGAGAACUGCGCCGCCCUGGCCGUAGCGGCCAACGGCAAGUGGUUCGACAAGAGAUGCCGCGACCAGUUGCCUUACAUCUGCCAGUUUGCCAUCGUAUAGGCGGGCCCUGAGCAAAGGGGCGCGGCCUGGGCCAGGCAGGAGUGAGGACCACAAAGAGGCGGGGCUGCUGGUGGGUGGGGCUUAUGGGUGGCUAAGGGGCGGGGCAUCUAUGGGCGGAGUCGAACGUCAGUGAGCGCUGUGUGCCUGGUGGUUCCUGGUAAGAGAAAAGCUGAUGCAGGGCCCUGAGAGGGGAGCGGAAACCUUUCUGUCCUGGGUUCCUUCUUGUCUGGUUUUUGCAAAUAAAGUUGGUUCAGAA